AUGAAUAUUGAAAAACUGCGUGAAUGGGCAUUUGGCCAGAACACGGUCACAAAUACACACAACCAUUCAUCAUCCAAUGUUGAAUCUUCAUCAUCAUCGUCAUCAUCAUCAUUAAUAAACAAUGAUAUGGAUAAUGUCAUAAACCAAAACAUGAUGAUGACAAAUGCUAAUGCUGCUUCUAUAAGUUCUAUUCAUCUAGAUCUCGUUGGAGGCUUAUUAUCACACUCAGAGCCAACAUCGCAGACAAGCAAUGUUGCUGCUACAAAUAGUGAUGAAUUUGGUGACGGUAGCAACAAUAGGAAGAAGAAGAAGAAGAACAAGAAAAAUGUCGAUGAUGGUAAACUCCGCAGUUUACCGUAUAAAAAAUAUGGACCGUAUACGUGUCCAACUUGCAAGAUAGUACUAACAACAUCUCAAAAGUACGCUAAUCAUGUGAAAUGGAUUCAUCACAAGGACGGAAAAAAGAAGACAUGA